UAAACAAUUGGAUAAAUUGACUGCAGCUCGCGUCAGGAAUAUAUUUACCUGAAGAUGUAAUGAAUUUAACGUCGAUACCAUGGAUUAGCUAAUCCUGCUACUCGCGAAAGAAAGCAUGGGAAAAUAAUGUUGAUGUUGAAGCUUAUUGUUAUGAGUGUAAUGUUUGCCUUGAAUGGAAAGCAUUUUGCAACAGCUGCUCAUACUCGAGUGAUGAACGUCAACUGGAUAUGUGCCGAUUCUGCACCGUGCUUGAGCAUAAUCCGACCCCGGCACAGUAUCGCGCUCGUUGGAUCUGAAGUUGAUUCUUUCAAAAUGGAAAUAUUGGUUCAUCGGCAGCAGGGAGAACAAUACCAAGUCUUGCAAAAAUGGUCGGCAUCUGAAACGACAUAUGAUACGUCCUGGAAUGUGGAUAUCACGUGGUAUCGGUUGAUUGAAAAAGGUGUCCGAAUUCCGAUGCAGCAAUGUCGGAAUAAACUUGUGUGUAUUGCUCCUUUGCUUGACGAUGAAGCAAUAGCGAACAGUGAAACCGACAUUUAUAGAGGUUCUUUCAUCAGCCACCACUUCCAAAUCACCGCUAAUUACCAAGGUCACAAACCAGUAACGAGUCUAGAAAUAAUUAUUCAACGUCGACUUUCAGAUGCCCCAGAAGACGAUAGCAAUGCAAAACCUCGCAAAAUGGAGCCGCCAGUGUCAACCUCCCGAUUAUCAGAACCUGUGAAUGUAGUAGAGAGUGGGAUCGGUGCGUAUAUGAAAAGACAGCAAACCAAAGGUCAAAGCGACGUUGAAAAAAAGAAGAGAUUAAGAACGGAGGAAAGGAUGCAAACAGGCCUAUUCGCUGAGGCAGAUUCUAAAAACGCAACUUUGGCGAAGCCAUCCCAUGAAACACAAAAUACCAAUCCAACACCGAAACAACAAGAUCACAAAAGUAAAAAUUCGUCGAUAACUGGCUUCUAUAACCAGUCUACUAUUGACACAAACAUAGCAAAUGGAUCCAGCAGUUUGAAGAACGAAGCUAAGCCAACAACAGAAGAUCAAUACAUAAGUUACGAAACGAUAAAUGAAAGCUUAAUUGCAGAAACAUCGAAUUUCACAGCAAAUUCGAGCUCAGUUCCGUGGCAUCAUACAACUGACGACUUCCUAACAAAACUCUUUAUGCGUCUUGGACCAACAGCAACAGUCUUGAUACUGCUGGCUGUUACUAUCAUGAUGGCAUUCAUGUGUGUUUGUGGAGCUAACAAAUAUAGACGAAUGGCUAAUGUUGAAGCAAUGUACCGAUAUCACAAAAUGGAGAAAGACCCAGAGCAGAUGAGAAAAUUCCAACAGACUUUCGCAGAACAACCACCUGCAAACAAUCGCAAACGUAGAGGGUCCCGUGUUCUUCGCAAAGUCUUCAAUUCUGUUUCUUCUUUUGUAAAAUACCGCAAAAGUAAGAAAAAGACACCUGGGGUAAGCGCUGGGCGACGUAGAGCGCCAUCGACCGAAACCUCGGAAGAAUCGGAUGAGUUUGACGAAGAUGAUGAUGAAGAGCAAAGUCUCUUAGAUGAUGAUGACGAUAGUGAUGACGACAGUGAUGAUGACAGUGAUGACGACAGCGAUGAAAAAGAGAGUAUGCCGAUGAAAAUGGGAAGAAAAAUCAAGGAAAAAUCGAGCAAAGUUUUCACGAAAGUGAAAAACAAUGAAACUUUUCAGAAACUGAAAUCCACUGCCAAAAGUCAUCCAAUUUUCACUGGAGCGAAAGCGGCGGCUCAGAAUGCUGCAGAAGGAAAACUACCGAUGGGUGAUAAACCACUUGGAAACAAAAGCAUGUUCACCCGUCUGUGUGACGCUCUCUCUAUACUCAUGUGUCCUUGUUCGUAUAUUUGCAAGAUGUUCUGCGAUUGCUUGUGUGGAUGGUGCCAAGGUAAUCAGCUACAGCGCGUCCAAAAGAAAGCGCAAGCACAAGCUUUCAGUUUUAUGCCAAGUCGAGGACCUGUGACAAGCAGUGACUCAGAUAACGACGAGAUCAAUUUGCUUUACAAAAAGAAAGACUACAAGUCAGCUCAAUGUGAAGAAACAAACAUAUUGAAGAUUGACAAAUCGAAAACAGUAGCCAAGAAUCAAUCUUUCACUCCUCGAACCGAUAUCAGUGGUCGAUUUUAUUCUAACACUAAGCCAUCGGUUAAAAUUUUACGUGAUUCAUACGACAAUUCCAACAGAGAAGAAGGUUCAAAAGUGAUAUAUCCAUCUUCUCGUGUAAAAGAGGGAAAAGCUCUCCAGGGUACCACGAAAAGGCAACCAAAUAAAGGUACAACUGCUCCAUAUCCGGAUAAGUGUAAUCCACAGAAAUCACGAACAGCGAGACCAAUCGUUCUGAGCAUGCCUGGCCCUAGUACUCCUCAGCAACCGGAUUUGAAAGUGAUUCCCCUGAUGGCCAAAUCUUCAGAUGGCAAAAUGCCGAAAGCAGCCGCCACAGAAAGGGGAAGAGGUAUCGACGUAGGCACUGUUUCUUCACGAGCAAAGAAAAUCGUACCACCAAGUCCACGGAAAAAUCCAAAAAAAGGAUCGGUGGCUCCGAACAUGGCUGAUAAUAGACCCUUUCAACAAAAACACCAUGAAUACAUCACUUCAUUUUCCAGCACGCCAAGCGAGACAACACAAUUCACAUCUCCAAGAGAAAAAGGAACCAAAGACGAUGUAUUAUGUUCAGCGCAGAAAGAGAAAAUUUCAGCACACAAUCCGCUUAAAACGCCAGUGGCGAGAUCGGUGGUUUUGGACAGAACUGGCCAGAAGACAUCUCAACAUACCAACCCCGAAGCCAUUCCUUCGUUUCCCAGAACAUCGGGAGCACGAUCGCAAAACACAUCAGCUAUAGAAAAGAAAAAUAGAGAUUGUAGGUUAAGUUCUACAAAUGUGAAAGAUGUACCAAAAUCUCAACGAUUGAUGGAUACAAACGUGCCUGGCUCUGACACAUGCCAACGAAGAGACUCCGAUGCAAUUCCUUCAUCUUCUAAGACGUCUGGUGUUAAAACACGAAACACGCCUACACCAGAAAAAAGAAACACUGACGGAGGAUUCUCUUCAUUCCAAAACGAGGGAAAGCGCGAAAACGUCAAUAGAGCAAUUAUUCUGGAUAUACCAGGACCGAGCACAGGACCGCAACCGGAUCACAACUGUACGUGCCAUCUGAAUGCCGGAGACUCGAAUAUGAAAAUAAGCCCCACAUGCAGAAACGAAUCUCUUCAUUCUCCUCGUAAACAUAGAUGUGGACUUCAUUGUAUCCGGCAGCAAUCGUCUCAUACACCAACUAAACGUAGGUUUCCCACGACUCCAACACGCCACACAACUGUCAACAUGAAUCCCGAACCGGCACACCGCCCGAUGAUCCCGCCUCGACUUUCAAGAACACCACCCCCGGACGUAGAAGCUCCAGAAGUAACAUCAUCAUCGUCUUCGGAAAUCGACGAGCUCUCAACGUCAAUAUAUGGUGGGAAUGAGUUGUCUUCCACAACAACACAGGAAUCACAUAGCACUAGUGAGGAACAAGUUUUUACACAGGGAGAUGUAAGCACUGCGAGUGUGAGCGUUUUAGAACGUACAAAGGAAUUCUUUAGGAGAGAAAACGAGCAUAUGGACGCCUUGAUGGAGACUUGGGAGGAAAGAACAAACGGGAGAACCUAUGCUAAUGGUCGAGGAAGGUACCGGUCAAGAGCAUGGAUCGCUCAUCGACGAAACAGAAGAAGAGAAUUGUCGAUUGAACAAGAAUGUAGAUCCGUUGUGAAUGUUCCACAAACGAACUCACCUGAAACAUCAUCUUCUGUCACCCCGGCAGCAUCUGAACCAGUCAAAACAUCAAAGGAAGUUCAGAAGCUAAAAUGUCCUUCAAGAUUGUUAUAUAAAAGAGAGAGACUCAAUAUGACCAGAUUGGAAGGAACAUUGCAAAUAACAAGCCACCCACCUAACAGUCCACCAUGCAACACACAGCCUGGAACUUCAAAAUUCCGACAAAGUCAAUCCAAUAAUGUUCGCGGUGGCAGUCCCAGAACGAGGACAAAUUUGACCGAAGAGAGAAUCAGUUCUGUCGGUACAUCAGAAAUUGACGAUGCUUUAGGAACAGAUUCUUCCAGAGAAUAUUCUGUUCUCACUGACGAAGUCAUGGGAUCCAGCGAUGAUGCGAAGUCACUGAAACAUAAUGGCAAUUGCGUUAACGAUAUUCCAGUAAACAAGUCACAAAACGAAAAGAAGAGUACCGACAAUGAAAACAAAGUCGAUAAAAGGGCUUUGAAUAUAGAAGAGCAGUUAUCAUAUUCAAAAGCCAGUAAAACCGCGCCUCAAUCCUCAGUGUCAAAAAUAAGUAGUUCCACAGAUGGCGAAGGCGAGUUUUUAUCAGCUCCAAACUCCCCACGAAAACUUUUACCAUCUUCUGAAAUGGAGCCGAGACCAGAAGACGUUUCAAAACAGGCGACGCCUGGCAAGGUUGCCAAUGUGCCACAACAGUACAGAAAAGGAACAGAACCAACGAGUGCGCUGCGAACAGCUGCGUAUGACUUUUUGAAAGAAGACGAUUAUUACGAGUCGUCUUCUGACGAUGCAGAUGACGAAUUUUGGCGGGUUUCACUAUAGCACCCCCACAAAUUUUUAAACUGAACACUAAUCGCAACUGCACUUGAAGAUCUAGUUUUUUGAGCGCGUUUACUCCGUGGUUCUCUCUUUUGCACUUAUUUUUAUCUAAAUAAAUAUAUUUAUAUAUUC